AUGGCGACAGGAGCAGGGACAGGAGUCCCAGGCGUAGGCUCCGGGCCACAGGGACAGGCCAUGGGAACCAGCAAGGGGACCCGCGGUGCCAAGCUGGCUGUGAAGACCCUCAGUGUUUCCCCCAACACCUGGGAGACCCUGGUGGAGCAGAGGAAGGUGAGGGUGCCGCGGCCCCCAUUCCUGCAGAACCGGGAGGAGACGGAGAGCCUAUAUGUAGUGACGGAAGCGGUGGAGACCGUGCAGGACAGCCGGCCGCAGAGCAAGACAGAGGGUGCGGGGCAGUCGGCCCUCCUCAAGGUGCCCACGGACAAAGCAGAGAUUGUCCCAGAGGGCAGCAUCAUGGCCUACAGGGUGCUGCGGCUGGUGAUCAAGGAGGAUCGCUGGGGCCCUGACUCCGACUGGACCCAGGGCAAGGAGCCCGGCUUUGAGGCCCUGCAGCAGCAGCUGGGGGCCCAACUACAGGACCUGGCCACGCUACCCCCGGAGAUGAGGCUCACACUGUUGGGGGCCCUUCAAGAGCUGCUCCGGACCCCUGAGGCCCUGCAGAAGCUGGAGGACUCACUGGAGAAGGUCUUGGAUGUCGGGGAGCUGGAAGAUCUGGGGGGCCCCGGUGGCCUCGUCCUGAGCACCCUCCAGGACCCGGCAGGGAGCCUGCUGCCCUCCAAAAGUAGAGCCAUCCUCUGCAUUCUCGGCGCACUCGUGGUGCUCAGCGACACCCAACUGAAUCUGCUGGCUCAGUGCCUGGAGAGGGGUCUCCUGCCCCAGCAGCUGGAGUUGGUGGUGAACAUCUUGAAGGCAACCUUUGACCUGAGGGAGGAGACCACCGUCCCCAUCCCCGUCCCCCCCGAAGCCCUCUCCUCGCUGCCCAAGGAGGACGCGGCCCUGGCUCUGAGCCUGGUGGAGAGCUGUGGGCUGGAGCUGCAGGGGUUCUCUCACCCGCUCACCUGGGACCCCGAUGUGCUGCCCCAGCUCUCUGCGCUCUACGGGGCCCUCGAGGGGCUGCAGCUGCUGGCCAGUCCCUGCGCCCAGCAGGUCCAGGCCUGA